AUGUAUGCUAGCAACGACAUGAGGGCGGCGGCAUCGGACAGUUGGAGCAGUAGGGUGGAGGUGCGCAGGUCCACCUCAGGUCCACGACAGGUCCACCUCAUGUCCACGACAGGUCCACCUCAGGUCCACGACAGGUCCACCUCAGGUCCACGACAGGUCCACCUCAGGUCUACCUCAGGUCCACGACAGGUCCACCUCAGGUCCACGACAGGUCCACCUCAUGUCCACGACAGGUCCACCUCAGGUCCACCUCAGGUCCACCUCAUGUCCACGACAGGUCCACCUCAGGUCCACGACAGGUCCACCUCAGGUCUACCUCAGGUCCACGACAGGUCCACCUCAGGUCCACGACAGGUCCACCUCAGGUCCACGACAGGUCCACCUCAGGUCCACGACAGGUCCACCUCAGGUAGGCCUGCAGUGGUAGGAAAGCUUCAUGGGAAUCCCCCCUUCUCCACGCAGCAUUACUGCCCUCUCAGGCCAAUAGAAGGCAAGGGAUCAGUGGGGCUGCUGCUGCCCACCUGGAGCCUACGUCACGGCUGCUCUUCUCAGGUUCCCCCUGGUCUCGACCUGGCUGGGAAGACCUCUCUGGAGGCUGGUUCUAUAAGACUGGUGAUGGAUACUGCCACGAGGCCCUGUUUCAUAACCGUGUGUUUGUGGGUACUGGCAACCACCUGUCUUCCAAGUUCCGGCUCCCCGAGCCCCAGCCUGUGGGGUAAGAAGGCGGUGUUCUUGGGCCGUCCAUGUGUGUGGCAGCUGGGUAAGGAGUGUGUAAUGCCCCCCCUGGAAGAGCUCAGUGUGUGUGUGCACCUGCGCCGGAAGAUUGCGACGGCAGAGUGGACAGGCUUUGUGUACAAGGCGCCUGGCGAGAGACAGGUAGAGCUGGGGCUGGCAGGCCGAGGAGGGCUCCUGGUGGCAUGGCUGUUUGGACAGGAGUGGUCCGUACCUGAGGACCUGCCCCUGGAACGCUGGCACAACGUCUGCCUCACCUGGUCCAUCAACCCAGAGAGGCUCCGUCUCUACAUCAACGGGAGCAGUCGCCUGGACGCCCAUGUUAACGCCAGCCUGCCCCGGCGACUGGCCCACAAUGGCACCCUGACCCUGGGGGUGUCCCAUAACAUAGUGGAUGGGGUGAUGGAGUUUGAGGAUGGGAAGAACUUCCUGGGGGACAUCAGCCUGUUCAGGAUGUGGGGGCGGGAGCAGACGGCUGAGGAGCUGAGGGCCCAUAGCUGUGCCGAUGGGAACGUGGUGAGCUGGGACACCCGCGACUGGGACUACCAGACCUGCCUACUUGAAGAUGACUUUAGCCUCCAGUGUGCAUGGUCAAUGUUCAAAAUCAAAAUGAAGGUCAUCAUAGCACAACGGCACCCUCUUGACAAGCCUGUAAAUUCACCAGAGGAGAUCAUACGCAAAUGGCUGGAGACCAUAUUUCCUGGGAGCAUUUCUGUGCGUGACAUCUUGGUGUCAUCUCCAAGCCGGGUCUGCCAAGUGGGCAAUAAUCCUAUUGUGCGAGACACAGAGAAAACUCAGGAAUCAAGAAAAAUUGAGUUCAACUCAACUUCUGACAAGUGUGUCAGCUGUCUGGUCUAUGUGAGUGUUAGUCCUGAGACUGAUGUUGGAGUGGCCCAGGCUGAGAUCUUUGGAAAGCUGAGUCUAGCCUUCAACUCUAGCCAAGUCACCCUUAUCGCAGACCCCAGCAGCCUCAGUGUACGCCCCAUAGGGGCUUUCCCCAACGCGACAGCUUCUCCUCCCACUGUCACCAACACCACUGCUGGUUCACCAACCAGCACCACUGCUGGCUCACCAACCAGCACCACUGCUGGCUCACCAACCAGCACCACCGUUGCUUCACCAACCAGCACCACUGCUGGCUCACCAACCAGCACCAAUGUUGGCUCACCAACCAGCACCACUGCUGGCUCACCAACCAGCACCACUGCAUCAGACCCUGUAACCCCUACAGAGACACAGCAACCAUCCAUUGGAGUGCCUGCAGAUCCCACUGGCCUGUCUACAACCAGAGAAUCUUUAGACUUCAACUCCACAGGACCAGGCAUUGCAUCCACCUUCUACAGAGUUCAUAUGAAACUGAAUAUGACAACUACUGUAACUCGCAACGACCCAGGGGAGACCAUUCAGAAGUGGGUUCAGAGAAAGCUUGGGAAAGCCAAGAUGAACGUGUUAAAUUUCAAAAUGUUAAACUCGACUUAUAAAGUCAAUGAUCAUAAAAAGACUGGACUGGAGAUGACUGCUGAGCUGAGACAUGACAAAGGGUUUAGAUGUACCUUCCAGGUUGAGGAUACUGACGCACGGAACGUCACAACCACUCAAACACUCAUCACUGACCUUCUGUCUGUGAACCAUGUUGAUGAAGAGAUCCAGGUAGACCGCAGAGACGUCCACAUCUCACAUAUAGAUCCAGGGAGCUGUCCUGAGGACACCCAUGAGAGUUUCCGGGGAGUGUAUAUAUGGCCAAUCACAGAGGCCCAGAUGACAGAAACUAUGAUCUGUGAGAAGAACCAUGGAUCAAGGGCUUCCAGGAAAUGUGAGUUGGAUGGAGUGACUGAGAAAGCCAAAUGGGCUAAGCCAAACCUGAAGGCAUGCAAGCUGGUGAUCACCAUCUCUGAUCUGGAUAAAGUCACUGUCACAGCAAACAACUCAGCAGAUGUGGUGGACAUGAUUAAGGACCUCCUGGGUGACGAGGGGGACCUGAGUGACUCCCAGCUGGCCACCGUGGUCCAGAAGCUGGAUGAGGUUCUGGGGGUCAGCACGGUGACCCCUCAGCUCGGCGGGGAUAUCGUCAACAUCAUCGCUGACAUCCUGGGGUCCAAUUCUGACCUGUCAGCGGUCGCCAACGACAUUCUGGGUAUCACAGACAGCGUUGGGGACCAGAUGGAUUUCCCUGAGGAGUUACUAAAUGUGACGGUCCCUUCCCUGGCUCUCUCCAUGAUCAACGUAGAUCCAGUCCAGUUCCAGGGCCUCACGUUUGGUGUGUCCUCGUUUUCGACUGGCCUGGUUCCAGAGAUCUUUGUCAACCAGAUAUUCCUGAGUCAGCCUUGCGACGGCACAGUCGCAUCCAUCUCCCUUCCACAGGCCCUUCACAACUUCUUCCCCCAGGGAAACAAAAAAAAGAGAGUUCAGUUCCACUUCUAUGGCAUACAGGAGCUUUUCAAGGACCCAGCAACCAAUUGGACGCUGAAUAGUUACGUGGUGUCUGCCAGUGUCAACAACAGCAAUGUCAGCAACCUCAGGGAUCCCGUGGUGGUGACACUUAGUCACCUCAAGCCUAAAGAGAGCCUGACUAGCUGCACCCUUUGCUUCCCCAACAGAAAAAUCAACAAGGUGGAGUGUGUCUAUUGGGACUUCCAGAAGAACAAUGGGAGCGGUGGAUGGGACAGCAACGGCUGUGAGACACUUCCAAGUAUCUCCGCUUAUCAGACCACCUGCCACUGCUACCACCUGACCCAUUUUGGCGUACUCUUGGAUGUGUCCAGGACUCCUAUCAGUGAGGCUGACCAGGAGAUCCUGACUAUCAUCUCCUAUCUGGGCUGUGGUGUGUCCUCCAUCUUUCUGGGCAUCAGCCUGCUCACCUACGUGGUCUUUGAGAAGCUGCGUAGCGACUACCCUUCUAAAAUCCUCAUCAACCUCUCUGUGGCUCUGCUGUGCCUCAACCUAGUCUUCCUGCUGGACUCCUGGCUGUCCUCCUUCGGUAGCUACGGUCUCUGCAUCACCACGGCAGCCACGCUGCACUACUUCCUGUUAGCCUCAUUCACCUGGAUGGGCCUGGAGGCCGUCCACAUGUACUUUGCUCUGGUCAAGGUCUUCAACGUCUACGUCCCUUUCUACAUCCAGAAGUUCUGCGCCAUCGGCUGGGGCAUUCCUCUGUUGAUAGUCAGCCUGGUCCUGGCCAUAGAGAAGGAUGCCUAUGGCAGUGUUCUAUCUGAGGCCUCCCUUGACUCUCUACAGGGCUCUGAGCCAUUCUGUUGGAUCCAGAGUAAUGUUUUCUUCUACGUCACGGUCGUGGCGUUCGUACUGCUGGUCCUGGUUUUUAACGUGGUCGUGUUCAUUGUGGUGCUGGUCCAAAUCCGCCACAUGCAGACCAAUAAGCCUGCAGCAACAGGAAACAAGCGCUGUGCCAUGCAUGAUUUGAGAGCGGUGGCCAGUCUCACCUUCCUAUUGGGUCUCACCUGGCCAAUAGCCUUCUUUACCUGGGGACCAGCCAGGGUACCUAUGCUCUACCUCUUCUCUGUCCUCAACAGUCUGCAAGGGUUCUUUAUCUUUGUCUUCCACUGCCUGAUGAAAGAGAAUGUGAGGAAGCAAUGGAGGAUCCACCUGUGCUGUGGCCGAUUCAGGCUCAGUGACUACUCCGAUUGGAGCCGCUCCAUGACGAUGGGCAGCAAGACCAAGCAGAACCAGCUGGUGCACCGCUCUCCGUCUGUCAAGUCUGUCAACACCUCCUCUAGGAAGAUCUCUGAUGACUCCACUACAGCUAGCUGUAGCUCUGGCACCCCCUACCAACAGGGGGCCUAGUCUACUGUAGCUCCACCAUGGGGCCUAGUCUAGCUCCACCAGGGAGCCUAGCUCCACCAGGGGGCCUAGCUUACCAGGGGACCUAGCCUAGCUCCACCAGGGGGCCUAGCCUAGCUCCACUAGGGAGCCUAGCUCCACCAGGGGGCCUAGCCUGGCUCCAUUAGGGGGCCUAGCCUGGCUCACAGCACAGGAACAUUGAACUUUAUACAAAAUGUGCUAUUAUAUCCCUCACCUGAAACAAUGGGAAAAGCUUGAGCUCAGGACACCAUAGCAGACACCUGAGUUCAGUCCAUUCUGAAUUACACUUAUCAAAUGGCUACCCAGACUUGCAUCCCCCACUCUCUUUUUCGCUGCUACUACUCUCUGUUUAUUAUCUAUGCAUAGUCACUUUAAUAACUCUACCUACAUGUAUAUAUUACCUCAAUUA